UUGAAAGGCUCAGGCCGGAAGCAUCGUUCUUGUAGCUUGACGCUAACAGGUAGAAGAUGUCGGCGUGUGUCGGGGUGCUGAGGCGCCGUCUCGGGGCUCGCUGCCCGGCUGGUAUCGCGUCGCCGCUGCAGCCGCUGAGAUGCCCGGGGGGCGGGCGGUGGGAGUCCAGCACGCGGACAGGUGAAACCCUUCGGCCACUAGAGGGCGUCAGAGUCCUGGACCUGACCAGAGUUCUGGCCGGGCCCUUCGCCUCCAUGAUCCUCGGAGACCUCGGAGCCCAGGUGAUCAAAGUGGAGAGACCAGGUGCAGGUGACGACACCAGAGCCUGGGGUCCUCCGUUUGUGGCGUCAGAGAGCGCCUACUUCCUCAGUGUCAACCGGAACAAGAAGAGCAUCGCCGUGGACCUGAAACAUCCCAGAGGAGCACAGAUCGUCCAGCAGCUCGCAGGAGUGUGUGACGUGCUGCUGGAAAACUACGUGCCGGGGAAACUCCGUCAGAUGGGUUUGGGGUACGAGCAGCUGAGCGGACUCAACCCUCGGCUCAUCUACUGCUCCAUAACAGGCUACGGACAGACCGGUCCUCACGCUCAGAGUCCGGGGUACGACUCCAUCGCCUCGGCAGUGUCAGGGAUGAUGCACAUCACCGGGCCCGAGGGCGGCGACCCGGUGCGUCCAGGAGUCGCCAUGACGGACUUGGCGACUGGGCUGUAUGCGCACGGAGCUGUCAUGGCCGCCCUGCUGCAACGGCAGAAGACGGGCAGAGGAGUUCACAUCGACUGCAACCUGCUGUCAUCACAGGUUUCCUGUCUCAGCCAUAUUGCUGCUAACUACCUGAAUGCGGGGAAGGAGGCGAGGCGCUGGGGGACGGCCCACGAGAGCAUCGUACCUUACCAGGGCUUCAAAACCAAAGACGGGCACAUCGUUGUGGCUGCAGGCAAUGAAAAGCAGUUUGUCCGAGUCUGCCAGGUCAUGGAGCUGAUGGAGCUAACGGAGGAGCCCAAGUACAAAACCAACAAGCUGAGAGUCGAGAACCGCAAACAGCUGCUGCACACACUGUCACAGAGGUUCCUGCAGGAGACCACGGCUGAUUGGCUGAAGAAGUUCAAGGGCUCAGGUGUUCCAAUUGGGCCAAUCAACAGCAUCCAGGAAGUGUUCUCCGAGCUGCAGGUGAAACACAAUCGCCUCAUACAGGAGAUGAACCAUCCAACAGCAGGACGCAUCGCUGUAGUCGGUCCGGCGGUUCGUUUCAGCAGCUUCUCUCCAAGCGGCCCGACACCCCCUCCUCUGAUUGGCCAGCACACCGUGGAGGUGCUGCGAGACGUCUUAUCGUACAGCGAUGGAGUCAUAGAAACCCUGCUGGAGUCAAAAGCAGUGGUUCAGAAUGAAGUCUCCUGAUUGGCCGAAAGAAAAAUAAUUAAGGAGAGAAAGGAAAAGACAAAAACUGAUAAUUUUUAACUGAUCACUAGUUUUCAUUUUAAAGGACAGAUGACUGAUCAUUAAACAUUUAGAUUUCAGCUGAAGAUAAGUUCAUAUUUCCAUUUUUAAAUCUAUUUUAAAAUUAUUUAUGAACUACUUCUGUAUACAGAGUGUUUUUACACAAAUAUGAAGCUGAUUUUUCUAACAUCUUUGUGUUUUAUGACACUAAAGUAGCAGAAGGACGACACUACAGUAACUCUACAGUAACACUACAGUAACACAACAGUAACUCUACAGAACUCUACAGUAACUCUACAGUAACACAACAGUAACACAACAGUAACUCUACAGAACUCUACAGUAACUCUACAGUAACACUACAGUAACACAACAGUAACUCUACAGAACUCUACAGUAACUCUACAGUAACACUACAGUAACACAACAGUAACUCUACAGAACUCUACAGUAACUCUACAGUAACACUACAGUAACACAACAGUAACUCUACAGUAACUCUACAGAACUCUACAGAACUCUACAGUAACUCUACAGAAAUCUACAGUAACACUACAGUAACACAACAGUAACUCUACAGAACUCUACAGUAAACUCUACAGUAACACUACAGUAACACAACAGUAACUCUACAGUAACUCUACAGAACUCUACAGAACUCUACAGUAACACAACAGUAACUCUACAGAAAUCUACAGUAACUCUACAGAACUCUACAGUAACACUACAGUAACACAACAGUAACUCUACAGAACUCUACAGUAACUCUACAGUAACACUACAGUAACACAACAGUAACUCUACAGUAACUCUACAGAACUCUACAGUAACACAACAGUAACUCUACAGAACUCUACAGUAACACUACAGUAACACAACAGUAACUCUACAGAACUCUACAGUAACUCUACAGUAACACUACAGUAACACAACAGUAACUCUACAGAACUCUACAGAACUCUACAGAAAUCUACAGUAACUCUACAGAACUCUACAGUAACACAACAGUAACUCUACAGAACUCUACAGUAACUCUACAGUAACACAACAGUAACUCUACAGUAACUCUACAGUAACACAACAGUAACUCUACAGAACUCUACAAUAACUCUACAGUAACACUACAGUAAUACAACAGUAACUCUACAGUAACACUACAGAACUCUACAGUAACUUUACAGAACUCUACAGUAACACUACAGUAACACAACAGUAACUCUACAGAACUCUACAGUAACACUACAGUAACACAACAGUAACUCUACAGAACUCUACAGUAUCACUACAGAACUCUACAGUAACACUACAGUAACACAACAGUAACUCUACAGAACUCUACAGUAACACUACAGUAACACAACAGUAACUCUACAGAACUCUACAGUAACUCUACAGUAACACAGCAGUAACUCUACAGAACUCUACAGUAACACUACAGUAACACAACAGUAACUUUACAGAACUCUACAGUAACACUACAGUAACACAACAGUAACUCUACAGAACUCUACAGUAACACUACAGUAACACAACAGUAACUCUACAGAACUCUACAGUAACACUACAGUAACACAACAGUAACUUUACAGAACUCUACAGUAACACUACAGUAACACAACAGUAACUCUACAGAACUCUACAGUAUCACUACAGAACUCUACAGUAACACUACAGUAACACAACAGUAACUCUACAGAACUCUACAGUAACACUACAGUAACACAACAGUAACUCUACAGUAACUCUACAGUAACACAACAGUAACUCUACAGAACUCUACAGUAACACUACAGUAACACAACAGUAACUCUACAGUAACACUACAGAACUCUACAGUAACUCUACAGUAACACUACAGUAACACAACAGUAACUCUACAGAACUCUACAGAACUCUACAGAAAUCUACAGUAACUCUACAGAACUCUACAGUAACACAACAGUAACUCUACAGAACUCUACAGUAACUCUACAGUAACUUUACAGAACUCUACAGUAACUCUACAGUAACACAACAGUAACUCUACAGAACUCUACAAUAACUCUACAGUAACACUACAGUAAUACAACAGUAACUCUACAGUAACACUACAGAACUCUACAGUAACUUUACAGAACUCUACAGUAACACUACAGUAACACAACAGUAACUCUACAGAACUCUACAGUAACACUACAGUAACACAACAGUAACUCUACAGAACUCUACAGUAUCACUACAGAACUCUACAGUAACACUACAGUAACACAACAGUAACUCUACAGAACUCUACAGUAACACUACAGUAACACAACAGUAACUCUACAGAACUCUACAGUAACUCUACAGUAACACAGCAGUAACUCUACAGAACUCUACAGUAACACUACAGUAACACAACAGUAACUUUACAGAACUCUACAGUAACACUACAGUAACACAACAGUAACUCUACAGAACUCUACAGUAACACUACAGUAACACAACAGUAACUCUACAGAACUCUACAGUAUCACUACAGAACUCUACAGUAACACUACAGUAACACAACAGUAACUCUACAGAACUCUACAGUAACACUACAGUAACACAACAGUAACUUUACAGAACUCUACAGUAACACUACAGUAACACAACAGUAACUUUACAGAACUCUACAGUAACACUACAGUAACACAACAGUAACUCUACAGAACUCUACAGUAUCACUACAGAACUCUACAGUAACACUACAGUAACACAACAGUAACUCUACAGAACUCUACAGUAACACUACAGUAACACAACAGUAACUCUACAGAACUCUACAGUAACUCUACAGUAACACAACAGUAACUCUACAGAACUCUACAGUAACACUACAGUAACACAACAGUAACUCUACAGUAACACUACAGAACUCUACAGUAACUCUACAGUAACACUACAGUAACACAACAGUAACUCUACAGAACUCUACAGUAACUCUACAGUAACACUACAGAACUCUACAGUAACUUUACAGAACUCUACAGUAACACUACAGAACUCUACAGUAACACUACAGUAACACAACAGUAACUCUACAGAACUCUACAGUAACACUACAGUAACACAACAGUAACUCUACAGAACUCUACAGUAACACUACAGUAACACAACAGUAACUCUACAGAACUCUACAGUAACACUACAGAACUCUACAGUAACACUACAGUAACACAACAGUAACUCUACAGAACUCUACAGAACUCUACAGUAACACUACAGUAACACAACAGUAACUCUACAGAACUCUACAGAACUCUACAGUAACACUACAGAACUCUACAGUAACACUACAGAAAUACAACAAUAACUCUACAGAACUCUACAGUAACACAACAGUAACUCUACAGAACUCUACAGUCAUACUGUUCUAACUCUACAGGACACUGAUGAUUUUUGUCAGAUGUUCAGGUCAGUGUUUGAAACAAUACGCUACAAAUACCAAAGAAAGAUCACACCAUCAUGACUUUAUAAAGUGUUUCUCAAAGCAAAAGAUGUUUAUUGGACCUUAGAGCUGUUUAUGA